UCUGCGCAGACAAGGCGCUAUUACCGAGUCCGCGGGUCCGCUGAGGAUAAGCGCUGCUAACGGCUGUACGGACGGCAUGGCCGCGCGCUCACGGUUCCCGGUCUUCUGCGCGGAGAGGAGAGUUAUAAACACUGCAGAAUAGGAGAUACGCGUGCGCGCACGCCUGUUUCUCUCUGGACGGUGUGAAAGUUGAGCGGUGGACGGCAGCAGCAGCAGCGCUGGGGGAGAGCAUGCAGUGACCGGCAGCCGCUCCGCAGAGACGGUGCCCUAAAGCCGCCCAUGCUCGCCUGAGUCCCGUCGGGUCGCGCGCAGUUUCCUCGGGGUGGUGAGCGCGAGGGGUUCAGGAAUGCCAGGGCUCCUGGCUCUAGCUGGCUUGCUCCUGGUGCUCCUGAUCCCCAGUGCCAGGCCAGAGUCGGCGGAGCUGAGGUUCCAGGGGCAGACAGAGUUCGUGGUGAAUGAGAGUAGCAGAGCAAUAGUGAGGCUGGUGGUGGAGAGGGUGGGAGACCCCAUCAACGUCACCGCUCUUGUGCUGCUGCAGGGUGAGGACACUGGAGACUUUGAGGCCACCACCGCAGCUGCUUUCCUCCUGUCCUCCGAGACCAGCAAAACCAUCUUCAUCGCCGUCAAAGACGAUGACCUACCCGAGGCUGACGAGACCUUCACGUUCAACCUCCGACUCCAGCGCUCGUCUAAUGGCGUGACUGUGGGGACCCCAAACACAGCCACCAUCACCAUCCUGUCCAACGACAAUGCCUUUGGAAUCAUAUCCUUCAACUCAACCACCCUGAUCACUGUGGAGGAGCCGAAGGGCAGAAACCAGUAUGUGCCUCUAACUCUCAUCAGAGAAAAGGGAACUUAUGGAACAGUAACUGUGAAUUUCGAGAUCUCUGGGGGUCCGAACCCGGCCAGUGAAGAUUUGAGUCCUGACAGAGGAAACCUCACGAUUCCUCCUGGACGAGCUGUUGUGGUCUUCAGUGUGCUCAUUCAGGAUGAUAAGAUUCCAGAAGAUGAUGAGAUCUUCACUGUGCAGUUAACAGGAGUUGCAGGAGGUGCCUUACUCAACCCCAACAGAACCGCCGUGCAGAUUAAAAUCUCUCGUAACGAUGCUCCCGUACGCUUCUCCCAGCCCUCCCUGGCUGUGCCUGAGUCAGUGGGCAUCAUAAAUCUGACUGUAACCCGGGGCAGAACUGAAGAUGGCCUCCUGAUUGGCUCCGAUGACCGAGAAGUGUCUGUCGCUUAUGCCAUAGUCACGGGGAACGGAGCGGCCAGUGCCACGCUGUCCGAGGACUUUGUGGACCUCCAGGCUACGAGGACGGUGCUUUUUCCUCGAGGUGUUCAUGAGAAAGUGCUGCAGUUCAACAUCGUUGAUGACCGAGUUCCAGAAAUUGCUGAGUCCUUCCAGGUGCUUCUUCUGGAGGACACUCUGCUGGGUGAUGCUGUUCUGGUGUCUCCCAGCUUCGUGCAGGUUACCAUCGAGCCUAACGACAAGCCUUACGGAGUGCUGUCCAUCAGCAGCCCACCUCCAACACAACCAAUCACCAUUAAUGAAGACACAACUGUGAGGUUUGAAGGCAUUACCAUUGUGAGAAAUGGAGGAACUCAUGGUCUGGUUUCAGUGAAUUGGACCAUAACACGUAACUCCACAGAUCGGACCCCGGUCACCGCUGACCUGUUCCCAGCCUUUGGAACUCUGAGCUUUACUGAAGGGCAGAUGACGGCCAUCUUGCCUUUAAACAUCACUCAAGAUAGUCUUCCUGAAGAGGCAGAGGCGUUCCUUCUCAGACUGAUCCCGAGCUCUGUGCUGGGAGGGGCUGAAGUGGACGAACCAAUGGGGAUGGUGUUCUACAUCCAGGACAGCGAUGAUGUUUACGGACGGUUCGGCUUCCAUCCCAACGAGACCCAAAGUAUUCAGAGCCGUCCUGAUGUUCGCUUCCUGUCCCUGAGCUUCCUGCGGGAGGGGGGCACUCUGGGGGAGGUGCGCUUGGCCUUUACAGUCCUCUACAUCCCUGCCGGCCCUCUGGACCCAGCCAGGGCCCGGGACGGCGUGCUGAACGGCACCAGCGCCAACAGUGUCCUGUUCAGUUCCGGUCAGUCGAAGGUUCAGAUCAUCUUGCCCAUACGCAACGACGCCUUUCUGCAGAAUGGAGCUCACUUCCUUAUACAGCUGGACAGUUUACAGGUGAUCAACAUCACUCCCCUCAUUCCCUCAGUGAGCCCCCGCUUUGGAGGAGCCGUCAACAUCUCCCUACGGAUUACACCCGACAUCGCUAACGGAGAGAUCGGCUUCACCAGCAACCAGACCGUGGUGGCAGUAGAACCUGAAGAAUCAAAUACUAGCGUGAUCAUUCUUCCCCUGAGGAGAGACGGAACAGACGGGCAGGCCGUGGUGUUCUGGAGUGUGAGACCUGUCGGCGAGAACAGAGCGGAUGUCACUAAAGAUGAUCUGUCACAGUUCUCUGGUUCAGUCAUGUUCCUGACGGGACAGAGUGAGGCGAACAUCAGCAUCACCAUUAUGGCUGACAAUGUUCCAGAGAUCAACGAGACGGUGCUCCUCACUCUAGAUAGGGUAGAGACUGCACGCUUUGUAGUGUACUUCGGGACAAAUGUAGAGAACCAGAUUCUGAAGCCCGGUUUCACCAGCCGGGAGAUCGUCAUACUGGAGAAUGAUGACCCUGGUGGAGUCUUUGAGUUCUCGCCUGUGUCUAAAGGCCCCUGGUUCAUUAACGAGGGCGAGACGGUGGAGCUGAGAGUGAUCAGACAGCAGGGGCAGCUGCUGAACCAGCUGGUGAGAUAUACAGUGACCCCCUCCAGAAACGAGGACUUUUACGGAGCUACAGGCAUCCUGGAGUUCCAGCCCGGAGAGAGGGAGGUGGUGGUGGCUCUAGUGGCCAUACCUGAUGGGCUGCCUGAGCUGGACGAGAUGUUCGCAGUUGUUCUCAGCAGCCACAGCACCCCAGCCAGUCGCCUGGGCGCCCGCAGACAGGUCAACAUCACCGUGCAGAAGAGCGACGAUCCGUUCGGGGUCAUUGAGUUCACUCAGCCGGGCUUCAGGUUCUCCAUUAAUGAGAGCAAAGCAAUGGACCUGCAUUCAGCUUCUUACCCCAUCAUGAGAGGGAGGGGUCGCUUUGGGAACGUGUCAGUGCUCUGGAGGAUAGAGCCCACCUACUCAGGGGAUGUAACCCCAUUCCAGGGGGAGGUGGUCUUUGCUGAAGGGGAGUAUCUGAAAAAUCUGACCCUCUACUCCAAGCCAGAUGAGAUACCAGAAGAUAAUGAAGAGUUCACCAUCAUUCUCAUUAAUGCGACUGGAGGAGCGCGUCUGGGAAGUGUUCUGAAUGCGAGUUUACAGAUCAGAAAGAAUGACGACCCCAUUUACUUUGCAGAACCAGCUAUAAGGAGGGUGAGAGAAGGAGGCAUGGCCAACUUUACCAUUCUGCGGGCCGGACUGGCUAAUUUUGUAGCAACAGUUCAGUAUCGCUUUGAAUAUGGAGACUCAUCACCGGGAGACUUCUCUCAGCUGAGUAACGACUUGCUGCUGGUGUUUGAUUAUGGAGAAUGGAUGAAGAACAUUUCAGUGGCUGUAAUGGACGACGACGUCCCGGAAACAGAUGAAGCUUUUUACAUUGUUCUGUUCAACACUACAGGGGAUGCGGUGGUGUACGGACAGGACACAGCUACUGUGGUAAUUGAAGCCAAUGAUGAUUCCAACGGUAUCUUCUCUCUGGAUGACACUCAGAAGCCUGUGGAGGAGGGGAAGACCAACAACUUCCAUGUUAUUAGGAAUAGAGGACAUUUUGGAAACGUCACUGUGUUCUGGCAGCUGUUCGCCAACGACACGCCUCUAGAGCCUCACCAGGAGUUCGUCAACACUUCUGGAUUCAUCGUCUUCACCACCGGAGAGAAGACCAAGCCUAUAGUGCUGGAGGCCAUCUCUGACAAAAUGCCGGAGUUUAAUGAGUUCUAUGAACUUCGCUUGAUGAACAUUUCAGGCGGUUAUCCUGGAGAAGGUGGCAAACUGGCUGACAAGAACCUCAACGCCUCUGUCCUCAUCCCCUUCAACGAUGACCCCUUUGGAGUAUUUGCCAUUGACAAAGACAACCUGGACCAGGAGAUAGCAGAGGACGUCUUAUCUGUGGACGACAUGUCUUCAGUAACGUCUUUCACCAUCCUACGCCAGCAGGGCACGUUCGGAGACGUCCGUCUGGCCUGGGAGAUCCUGUCUGGAGACUUCCCGCAAGGUUUACCACCCAUGGUGGACUUGAUCUUGAUGGCUACGUUCCCACCGGCCGUGAUGCUUCAACCCCAUGCCAGGAGGCACCAUUCUGGAACCGAUGCUCUGUUCUUCUCUGGCCUUGCUGGUGCUUACGGAAGCAUCGGUCCAGAAGUUCAGCCUCAGGAGAUUCCUCACAGCCUGGCCAACUUCACUUUCUCAGCCUGGCUGAUGCCCAGGCCCAAUACGGAUGGGUUUAUUGCUUCAAAGGGCAACGGUAAUGGAACCAUGUAUUACGGAGUGAAGAUCCAGAUCAAUGAGUCUCAUGUUAGUGUAAUGCUUCAUUACACAACCUUAGGAUCUAACAGCACCCAGGUGGCGAGAGCUACAGCGGCGAAGUUCGUGGAAGAUAAUGUAUGGGUCCAUGUCAUCAUUGCCGUGGAAGAUGGAAUUAUCGAGUUUUAUCUGGACGGAAGCCCGAUGCCUGGAGGAAUCAAGAGCCUGAAAGGAGAGGCCGUCUUGAAUGAUGUGGCUCCUAUCCUGAUUGGCUCUGAUCCUGAUGGUCAUCAGCUCUUCACAGGUGUGCUGCAGGACGUGCGUCUCUAUCUCAGCCGUCUGAACCAAUCAGAAAUCCGCGAGCUCCACGGCCAGCCUGCCAAGACCGACCUGCGGAACGUGUCGGGGUACCUGGCGUAUCGCCAGGAGGAGAAGCAGAAGUCGUUUGUGGUGGAAACGCGAGAUGAUCUGGAGGAGGAGGGAGAGGAGGUGUUUUACCUGCAGCUGGUGGCCGUUUACGGUGGAGCCCGAAUACCGUUACCUCGACCCACAGCCAGAAUCAGAGUUAGCAAGAGCGACAACGCUAACGGCCUGUUCGGAUUCACUGGAGCCUGCAUUCCUGAUAUAUCUGAGGAGGGCUCCACCGUGUCGUGUGUAGUGGAGCGCACACGUGGAGCGCUGGACUCCGUGUAUGUAAACUACACUGUGACCCAGCUCGGUUCUCCCGCUGCGGCGUCCGACAGCUCAGACUUCACCAACGCCACCGGCUCCGUCCUCUUCCUGCCGGCUCAGCGCUCUGAGGUUUUGAAUCUGCUGGUGCUGGAUGACGACAUCCCAGAGUUUGAUGAGUUUUUCCAAGUGAGACUGGUCUCGGCUCAGUCUGGAGAUGGAAAACAAGGGUCUACUCCAACCAGCGGAGCCAGCAUUGACCCCGCCAACGCCAUCAACAACAUCACCAUCAAAGCCAGUGACCAUCCCUACGGUCUGCUGCAGUUCCAGACCGCCCCCAUCACUCAGGCUAUGAUCAGACCUGCUGUAGAGGAAGCUCGCAUCACUGUCAGUGAAGAGGCCGGUAUACUCAGACUGCCUGUGGCCAGAGCACAGGGGCUUCUGGGAAGAGUGCUAGUGGCCUAUCGCACAAUCCCAUUAACAGCCAUCAGCCCCAAAGAUUACCAGGACACAGAGGGGCUGCUGGAUUUUCUGCCAGGCGAGAGGCUCAAAUAUAUCAAUGUAUCUAUUAUAGACAACGCAGUUCCAGAGUUGGAUAAAGUGUUUCGAGUGGAACUCUACAACCCAGAGAGAGGAGUGGAUCUGUUUCUUGGUGCGAGCGAGGGAAGUGGAAGUGGAGAGAGUGACCCUGACUUUCUCCUUCCACCCUUUCACUAUCACCAUGCCAACCUUGGAAUUGCUUCUCGCAUUACGGUGACCAUCGCUGCGUCUGAUGAGGCUCAUGGGGUCUUCCAGUUCAGUGCGGACUCUCUGGCUGUGAAUGGGACGGAGCCCGAGGAAGGGCGGAGCACUGUAGUCUUACAGGUUAUUCGUGCAUUUGGAACCUUGUCCAACGUGACCGUAUACUGGGAGGCAGACGCAGACUCAGAGGGGGAACUCAUCUACAGGUCUGGCAACCUGACCUUUAACGUGGGACAGACUGUUGGGAGCAUUUACCUUCUGAUCUCGCAGGACGACGUCCCUGAACUGGACAAGAGCUUCAGAGUCCGUCUUUCCAACAUUUCCCACGGGCGACUCGGGAACCAGACGGCGGCCGCAGUGACGGUGCUGGCUAGCGAUGACCCCUAUGGGCAGUUUGUGUUUGCAGACAGCAGCAGGCCGGUUCGUGUGGCAGAAGCGGACGCUCUGGUCACCCUGACGAUACAAAGGAGGAAAGGGCUGAUGGGAAGGGUGCGAGUCGCUUACAGAACGCUGAGGGAUACGGACCCAGAACCCUUCAGCACACCUGGCGUGGGCAGGGCGAGUGCUGGCAAUGACUUUGUGCCUGUUUCGGCGUCUGUAACGUUCUCAGCCAAUCAGAGUGAAGCCAACAUAACCAUGAAGGUUCUGGAUGAUACGGACCCGGAGAGGGCGGAGUCUGUGUUUGUGGAGCUCAGCAGUGUCACACUGGUGGAGGGCGUGCAGGCAAGACCAGUUGCUGCAUCACCUCGACUCGGUCUGAGGAAUGUCUCAGUGGCUCAGGUCAUUAUAGAGGCCAGUGAUGAUGCCUUUGGCGUGCUUCAGCUCUCCGCCACUGCAGUGAGCGUACCUGAGUAUUAUACAGGACCCAUCAUCAACGUAACACGAACAGGGGGGAUAUUUGCUGACGUGUCCGUCAAGUUCCGUGCAGUACCAAUGACUGCACGUGUUGGUGAGGACUACAGCGUGGCCUCCUCUGAUGUGGUUCUCCUCGAGGGGGAGAGCAGUAAACCCGUCCCCAUCCUCAUCAUCAAUGAUGUGGUGCCUGAACUGGAGGAGACCUUCCGCAUCGAACUUCUCAACCAGACAACAGGUGGAGCAUUCCUGGGAGAACCUUUUCAAGCAAUUAUUACCAUCCUGCCUUCUGAUGACCCGUACGGAUCCUUUGUUUUCCAGGCUGAGCCCGUCACUAUAGAGGAGCCGGGAGUGAACGCAUUUGAAGUCUCCUUUCCCAUCGUGAGGAAUGCGGGGACUAUAGGUUAUGUGGCUGUGCAGUGGCAGGCAACAGUCAAUGGAAGGCCUGCUAUUGGAGACCUCCGACCCACGUCCGGGGAGGUUAGCUUCGCUCCAGGGGAAACCAUGAAGACUCUAAAAGUGGAGGUUUUGGCUGAUGAUGUGCCAGAAAUCGAUGAGAUUAUCAAGAUAGAGCUUACUGGUGCCACAAACGGUGGAAGCAUUGGCGCAGACAAAGCGGUGAGCAUCAUUGUCCCUGCCAAUGACAACCCGUACGGAACAGUGUUCUUUGAGCAAGCGGUGUAUCGAAUUCAGGAGCCUUUGGACGGAGUGCGAAUAGCCAACAUUACAGUUCGAAGAAGUGGAGGUAAUUUCGGUCUUCUAGAGAUCUUAUACAGCACCUUCGAGUUUGACGUAGUGAGUAAUGCUCAGAUAGGCGGCCAAAACUUCCUUAUCUACUUUAAUUCGCCCAUGGCUGGGGCACCCUCCAGUGCCAUCCGACGACCCAUUAACAUCACGUCCGUCAGAGACCCCCGGAACUUCUGUGCAGCCUCCUGCCUUCGAGAACGAGCCUGCCAAGCCUUCACCUUCACCAACACCUCCUCACCAUCGUGCUUCUGGGUGACCGCUGGGGCGAACCAGCUUUCUGCUGCCGCUCAGACUUUCACCUACAUCAAAAACACCACAGCCGCCGCCUUCCUCUUCAGCUCGCAGGCUGUUCCCGGGAGCGACUAUGUGACCAUGACAGGACAGACGGCCGCCAUGCCGGAUGGGUCAAGUGUUGCCAACCUCACCGUGCCAAUUCUGACCGAUUCACUGCCAGAGGUGGAUGAGAGUUUUAUGGUACAGAUCCUGAAGGUUAGUCUGGUUAACAUUACCGUGGCCGCCAAACACCUGCCCACUAUCGGGCAACCAGACACUGCCAGAGUCACCAUUGGGAUGAAUGGAGACGCGUUCGGAGUGUUUGUAAUCUACAGCAUCAGUCCGAACGCUACUGAGAAAGGCCUGUAUCUGGAGGUGAGAGAGGAGCCGGGUACGAGAGUGCCGCUGGUCAUUGAGAGGACCGGGGGCAGUUUAGGUCAGGUGACGGUGGAGUGGAUGUUCAUUGGAGGCAGCGCGAAGCCCAGUGAGGACUUUAAUGGCACUGGAGAGACGCUCAUAUUUGCAGAAGGGGAUGUGAAGAAGACCCUCGACUUCUUCAUCACAGACGACACCGAGCCUGAGGAUAACGAGACCCUACGCAUCGGUUUGGUGAGGACGGAGGGCGGCAGCCGUAUUCUACCCAGCUCUGAUACUGUCACCAUCCUCAUCCUCGCCAAUGACUACGCAGCAGGCCUGGUGGGCUUCAGCCCGGCCUCCAGAUCAGUUAUAGUUAGAGAAGGUGAGAGGCUGUCACUGCUGGUGGAAAGAACACUACCUGCAAUUGGGAAUGUAACAGUGGAGUGGAGAAUUCAAGGCCCUCAACCUACACUGACAUUUGUGGAUACCUCUGGAGUUCUCUUCUUUAGUGAGGGAGAGCUGAAUGAUACGAUAGUGUUGCAGCUUCUUGAUGACAGCGCUCCUGAAGAAAGAGAGGAGUACAGAGUUGUUCUCUCGAACAUUCAGACUAAAGAUGUAACAGCCACUGGCGUGGCGGCGCUGGAUGUUCAGGGUCGUGAGUGUGUGGUCAGCGUGGAGGCCAGCGACGAGCCGUUUGGAAUGCUCAGCAUCGCUCCAUCCUCCCGCAGUGUGUCCACUGAGGAGAAGAACACCACAGUCAGGAUCUACAUUAACAGAGAGUUCGGAGCCUCAGGAGCAGUGAAUAUCAGCUAUGAGACAGUGAAAGGGUCUCUGCAGGACCUCAGGCAGGUUGAGGGGGCUUUGGCGGAACAGGGCCAGGACUAUCUGUACGCUUCCGGCUCUGUGGUGAUGCAGGAUGGCCAAACAUCUGUGUCCAUCCCCAUCACUAUUAUAGAUGAUGAUAUUCCAGAGCUGCAGGAAUUUUUCCUGGUGAAUAUCACAUCAGCUGUUCUGAUAAGCACCCUCCCAACUACUCCUAAACUAGAGGUGUACUAUACAUUAAAAGAUACUCAGGGAAUGGUAGCAGAAGUCAGGAUCAAUGCUAACGACGGGGUCCGCGGCAUCAUCAGCUGGCAAACCGUAGAUUAUGAAGUGAAUGAGACUAUUGGAGUGCUGACACUGGUGGCGUAUCGGCAUGCUGGGACGUAUGGAAACGUGUCUGUGUUCUUCUAUGCACAAAAUCUAGAGGCUCAGUUGGGCCUGGACUUUAACGCUACAGCAUCUACGCUCACCUUUAUGAAUGGAGAGCGGCAUAAAUUUGUAGAGGUGCUAAUCCUGGACGACCCCAUUCCAGAAGGAGAUGAGAAGUUUCAACUCAUUCUAACGAACCCCUCACCAGGGCUCGAGCUUGGAGAGAACACUACUGCGACGGUGACUAUCCUGGCCAACGACGACGGCCACGGCAUCAUUUCCUACAACAAAAGCGAGCACUUCCUACUGAGAGAGCCUUCCUCAAUGAUUGGCCUGGACCAGAGUGUGGCCACUCUCUACAUCGUGCGGAAUCCCCCGCAGGGCACAUUCGGCACUGUCUCUGUGCAGUUCUCCAUCACCGACGUCAACGGCACUCUCAACACCGAAGACCUCACACCAUCUGAGGGCUUUGUGGUUCUGGAGGAUGGAGUCAGAUAUAAGACUCUGGAGAUCUGGGCGGUUUUGGAUGCAGAACCAGAAAUGAACGAGACUUUCACAGUGACUCUCUUCAACCCCACCGGAGGAGCACGUCUGGGGGAGCCGACGCAGACGUUUAUCACUGUGCUCCAGAACCAGGCUCCACUGGGACUGUUCCGAAUAUCUCCCUCCAGCAACAGAACUCUGAGUUCUCUGACAGUAGAGGAGACUGUAGGAAGCGUGUAUCUGACGGUGUCUCGCAGUAAUGGACUGGAUUCUGCCGUCAGUGUGGAGUUUGAGACGCAGUCAGACACAGCAUUCGGCUUGAAGGGGGAUUUUCCUUAUCUGGCUGAGUAUCAGCGCUUCAGAGACACGCUGCCGGUACACUGGUGUUCUGAGUCCAGUGGAGACUCUGCUCUGCUCUUCAGGAUCGGGAGCAUAAACAACACGCAGGACCAGCUCACUCUCUACAUGUGGCAGGGAGUGUUCGUACCGGUUGAGACUGUGAGCGUGCAGAGGGCCUCCUCCUGCAUGGGUUUUACUGUAAACGGCACCGCCUAUGUGGCCGUGUCCCACGGAGACACCACAGAGUCGCCCACUGCCAAUCUCAGCCUGUUCCGCCUCCAGCCUGACCUCAAUCUUACUCUAGAGCAGACUGUGACUGUGGGAAGUCGUGAUGUUAGACCUUUCAAGGUCAACUCUCAGCAAUAUUUCAUAGCUUCAAACCAGGUGUUUAUUUGGACAGGAAGCUCUCUAUCUCUUCAUCACACUCUGGAGCUGCAGAACAUCACCGCUCUCUCUCCGUUCAUACGGGCCAGCGGAACCGGCCAGUACCUUACAGUCUGCAGGAACUCCGCUUCAUCCACCUGCCUGAUCUACCAGUGGAUCAGCGGGAGCUUUCAGAACCCUCAGCCACUGCCAGUCAACAACAGAGUCAAACAGGUGGAGUCCAUUCACACGGGAGGAGAUACGCUGCUGCUGAUAGUUACUGAAGGCCCAAAUCCAGUGUGUGAGGUGUUCUUAUGGGGUUCCCAACAAGCCUUCUUCCAAAAAACCCAGUCCAUCCCAUUCCCCAGCCUGUCCUCAGUCCAUGCCUUCACUCCUACAUCUGGCAUACCGCACCUCCUGCUUGCUGGAACGAAUGAAUCGGCUCUGUAUUCAUGGAAAUCUGAACUGAGCCAGUUCACUAAAGUCCUCAGCUCUUCUCCAGCUCAACAGUUCCUCUACCUGCCUGUUCCCUCACUAAACACCACAAAGAGUCUGAUCAUAGCCAGAGGAAGCUCAGACUCCAUCGCAUAUGAGCUGAUAUCAGUGUCCAACCAGUCCGACUUCAUCCCUCGUUCUGGUGAGCUGUUCUUCCAGCCAGGAGUCAGUGAGUUAGAGAUAGCUGUGAACAUAAUCGAUGACGAUGUUCCAGAGGAGGAACAGAGCUUCCGACUGAGCCUGAAGAAUCCCAAAGGAGGGGCAGAGAUCGGCUUUCGUGGUCAAGUGACUUUUGUCAUCCCGGCUAACGAUGAUGCUUACGGCAUUAUUGGUUUUACACAGAACUCUCUGUUUCGAGAGGUGGAUGAGCUGGAGAGGGACACGCCGGUCACUCUGAGUGUGGAGAGGAGAAGGGGAACAUUUGGCAAACUGACCGUCCGCUGGGCAGCCAACGGAAGUCUGGAGGACAUUUUCCCUACAUCAGGAGUGGUGACUUUCUCUGAGGGUCAGGCCGUAGCCACCAUCUCGCUGAACGUGUUAGCGGACAGUGUUCCAGAAACGGCAGAGAAAGUGACCAUCGUCUUAACAGAUGUCACCACAGUCGGGGUCAUCGACCUUUCCAGGAGAGCCGUGAUUGACCCGCAGCGAGCCAGAGCCGAGCUCACCAUUAAAGCAAAUGGCUCUCCGUAUGGCGUGAUUGGAUGGCACCUGGACUCACAGUACUUCAUCACGGCCGAACCUCCAAGGAGUCCAAGCAACAUCACACUGAGCAUAGUGAGAGAACAGGGGGCUUCUGGGAAUGUGGUGGUCUACUACACAACCAGGCCAGCUCUGUCAUUGCCACCAGUCAAUCAAGCCAGCGAGGGUGAGGACUACUUAGCUAAACAGGCUACAGUCGUUAUGAUGGAGCAGGCUGCUGUUGCUCUGGUAACCAUCACCAUCUUACCGGAUGACUUUCCAGAACUGGCUGAAACAUUUCUGGUGAAUAUCACUCACGUAGAAUUAAUGGGAGGUCAGACAGGAGCAGGACAGCCAAGCCUCAGAAGACCUGGGAUGGAGAUUGCUGAGAUCACCAUUCAAGAAAAUGAUGAUCCCAGAGGGGUCCUUCAGUUUAAUGUCUCCAGGGAUGCUUCUGGGGUAGUCUUUGGCCACGAGGUUCCUCCACCUGAUAACAUCCUUUAUCUACCGGUGGUGAGGCUGGCUGGUAGGAGUGACAGGAUCGUGGUGUUCUGGGAAGCUCAACCAGUCAUCGCCACUAUUGAGGACUUCACUCCAACUUCAGGAAACCUUACCUUUCAAGAUGGACAGGCAAGUGCCAUGAUUGAGAUCAACAUUAUUGAUGACACUAUUGUGGAGCCAAUGGAAUCAUUCCUUGUAAAGCUGACACGUGUGAUUGGAGGAGCAAGACUGGGAACAGACACUUCAGUCGUUAUCAACAUCCCCGCCAACGAUUCCCCGCUCGGCCGCUUCGGAUUCGAGGAGCUAACGAUCACUGUCUCUGAGCCGCAGUACACUGAUGAUCCCGCCUCCAGGGCUAAUCUAACAGUGGUCCGGAGUGCAGGAGGUGAAGGUACUGUUUAUCUGAUCUGGAUUCUGGAGCAGAAGGCAAGAGAUGACCUGCAGCCUCAUAACGGAACUCUGGUGUUUAAUGGAACUGAGUCUAGACAGACUCUGAUGAUCCAGGCUUUAGCUGAUGCUGUUCUGGAGGGGGAGGAGAGAUUCACCGUUCAGCUUCUAUCUGCAGAGAACGAGGCCGUCAUCAAUCCCACAAGAAACAUGGCCACAGUGGUGAUAAGGGCAGACCGUGGAGCUCUGGGAAUCGUAGGCGUAGCUGACACCUCCAGGAAUGUUAUUAUUGGGGAACCUCAGGGUGCCUACAAUGGCACGGCUCUGAUCAGUCUGGUCAGGGGUCCAGGCAUUUUUGGUGAGAUUGAGAUAUACUGGAACAUCACACCAGCUGUACCCGCUGAGUUCUUGGAGAUCUCAGGAAAGGUUAUAAUGAGGGAUCGGCAGUCUGCCGCCACCAUUCAGCUGAAGGCUCUGGAUGAUGAAAUCCCGGAGGAACGGCGGGUAUACGAGCUGAGGCUCGUGUCUCUGACUCCGGGAUCAGAGAUCAGCCCCAACAGACAAAGUGCCAUCAUCACCAUGGCUGCCAGUGACAUGCCCUAUGGCCUCUUCUCCUUCUCCCAGUCUUCCCUCAGCGCCUCCGAGGAGGACAGAUCAGUGAAUGUUACAGUGGUGCGCUCCAUGGGGCUCCUGGGCAGCGUGUGGGUCAGCUACCAGACAGAGGGCCGGACUGCAGUGAUCGGACUAGACUUUAACCAGUCCUCAGGCAGACUGCUGUUCAGUCCAGGAGACAGCUUCAAAAUCAUCACCCUGAAGAUCCUGGACGAUUCUCUUCCAGAGGGACCCGAAGAGUUCUACCUCAACAUCACUCAGGUGCAGCUUCUCAAUGACAGUGCAUUGAACUUUACCAUAAGGGAAGAAGGUCUGCAGCUAGAUCAGCCUCCAGCCAUUGGAAACAUCUCCUCUGUCAUGAUCCUCAUCCAGAAGAAUGACAACGUCGAGGGCAUCCUGGAAUUUGACCCAGAUUUCACCAAUAUUACUGUUGAGGAGGAAGUUGGCACUGUCUCUAUUCCUGUACUGAGGAGGGUGGGUACGUACGGGCAGGUCACUGCUGAGUAUUUCUCCAGAGGUGUUACUGCUGAACCUGGCGCUGACUACAUCCUUCCAAACGGUACCAUCACCUUCAGACCCGGCCAGAUCCUCAACCACAUCAACGUCACUAUAGUGGACGAUCUGGACAGGGAAUAUAACGAGAUGUUUGAGAUCCAGCUCACUGCAGCCACAGGGGGCGCUAUACUGGGUGCCCAGCUCAUCUCCCAGAUCACCAUCGCCAAGAGUGACUCGCCCAGCGGCGUGGUCCGCUUUGUCAACCAGAGCCUCAUCACCAUCCCCAACCCCAACAGCACCCUGAGGCUCAGCCUGGUGCUGGAGCGCGUCGGCGGGCUGGUCGGAGAUGCAAUGAUAACGUGGUACAUCCUGGGUCCCAACUCGAAUGCUGUUUUACCUCCUGUAAACACGGAUAUUGCUGAACCUGUGAACGGAUCGUUCGAGUUCAGAGAUGGAGAGGAAGGAGUGCGGGUGAUCGAGCUGCGGAUUCUGCCACAUGGAGAGGUGGAGGUGGAGGAAACUUUUGUUGUCAAGCUGCGCGUUGUGUCUGGAGAAAUGGGUGUUGACGCCAGAGCUGGCUCGGUUACACUCAGGAUUGCAAAGUUUGGUGACCCCAAUGGCAUAGUGCAGUUUACGGAUCCGGAUCUGAAAGAGCGUGUGUACAGCGAGCCUGCAGACGGUGAAAGACCACUUAACAUCUCCCUCCUCAUCACACGCAGAGAGGGAGUUAUGGGCAACAUCACUGUCUUCUGGGAGAUCUUUAGUGAAUCAGAUACGACGGGCGACUUCUCUGCUCUUCGUGGCUCCGCCAUCAUCCUGGCCGGUCAGCGUGUCGGAGAGAUAACCCUCAGCCUGCUCCCCGACUCCGUCCCAGAGCUGGAGGAGGUCUACACCGUCCAGCUGACCUCAGUGGAGGGCGGAGCUGAGCUGGACACCUUCCGCAGCACCACCCGCAUCCGUGUUCUCGCCAAUGAUGAGCCACACGGAGUGUUCGCCCUUCCACCAGAGCGACAGGCGCUGAUAAUUAAUGCUACUGACCGCUCCAGGCUUUUAGCUCUGAACAUCAGCAGGCUGGCUGGGGCGUUUGGUAAUGUCAGUGUUGGGUACAGGAUCAGCUACCCCACUCCUGGACAGAGCUUCACUGAAGAUAGAUCUACUGGCAGUGUGCUGGUGAGAGAUGGAGAGACGUCUGCGAGUGUUACUGUGCCAGUCAGCACACAGGUAUUCUUUGCGACCGGCUUUAACAUCACGGUGGAGCUGACUAAUGCGACUCUAAUAGGACCUAUAUUCAGCUCUUCUCCUCGACUGCAGCUUGAAGCAAGGACUGCUGUUCUGUCUGUGCCUGAGGAAGCAGCGAAUGCUGAGGUGGGCUUUGCCUCCUUGGCGCUGCACGUGUCUGAAGUGGUGAGUGGUCAGUGUGAGGCGGUAGUGAGCAGGACAGGCCUGUAUGGAGAUGUGGAUGUGCAGUGGAGGGCUGGAUUCCCUGCUGGCCAGAGUCCAUCAGGCUACCAGCCAGGAGCAGUCACCCCCAGCUCAGGCACUGUGACGCUCUCUCACGGUCAGAGGAGUCAGAUUAUACCCCUCUCUGCUGCGUAUAAUAUAUCUGAACCUGUUGUACACGCUGUUCACCUGACCAGUGUAGACUCCAGAGCACCAGGGGGAGCCAGACUCAGGCCUGGAUACACAGUAGCAGAGGUGGAGCCUUUGGGUCUGUAUCGAUUCUCCCCCGAAUCUCAGCAUCUGGUCAUCGAGGAGGACGUCCGAACCAUCACCCUCUAUGUUCAGCGCCUCUACGGUUUCCGUAGCAACCGGACCCAGCUGUAUUACAAAACCUCGCCGGGCAGCGCCACCCCUGGUGAAGAUUUCACCCCUGUGCCUGAUGGUCAGCUGCUGUUUGACGGCCGCCAAACAUCCGCCGCCAUUCGCUUAUCGAUCCUUGAUGAUUCUCUGACAGAACCGGACGAGACGUUUUACGUGAACCUAACCGAUGUUCGAGUUCUUAGCGCCAGCUAUCCUUCACCCACUGCCCGUCCACGGAUCGUGCCAGAGAACAGCGUUUCCACCAUCACAAUCCUCACCAACGAUGCUGUGAGUGGACUGUUAAGCAUUGGGCCAUCGUUGGUCCGCACUUCUGAAGAUGCUCAGGAGGGGGCGGCACCUCAAAAAGUAGUGCUAAGAGUGCGCAGGACCGUGGGGCAGACCGGGGUGGUUAGUGUCAGGGUUCGUGCGUACGCUGGAGGUCUGGUGGGUCCGGGGCUGGACGUGGCUCCAUUCCUUCAGGAGAGGAACCUGACCUGGGCUAAAGAAGGAGAAGACUUCACGAUGGAGCCUCAGAUAGUGACGCUGACGGAGGGUCAGAAAGAAGCAGAGGUCAGCUUCUUCAUCCUGGAUGACCUGGAGCCAGAGGGACAGGAGGUCUUCUUCAUCUACCUCAGCGAUGCGGAGGGGGGGGCACAGAUAGUCAGCUUGCCAGAUGAGAGUGGCUUCACUUCCUUUGCCAAAAUUAUUAUUCUUGGGAGUGAUCUUCACAAUGGAAUUGUGGGUUUCAGUUUAGGUUCCCAGUCAGGUCAGGCUCUGGAUGAAGACUCUCGUAACAGGACGGCCUUACUCUUUCUCCAGAGGCAAGAAAACAGAGCGUUUGAGGAUGUUUACGUGUACUGGCGAGCCACGUUCAGCACUGCAGCUCAUACUCUGUUCAGUCAGGGAGUGAAUUUGACGCGAGAGCUGCUGCAGACGUCGGGCAGAGCUCUGUGCAGGAAAGGAGAGGUGCUCUGCCUCCUACGUCUGGAGGUCCGACCAGAUCAGGACCCAGAGUUUGCGGUGUGGUUUCUGGUGGAGAUCUAUGAGGUGGGAGAGGGAGCUGCCAUUAACCAGACUGCCCGCUUUGCGAACGUCACCAUGCUGGAGAGUGAUGACCCUCGAGGGCUGGUGUACUUCGCCGUAGGUUCCAGGCUGCCAGUGGCUACGCUCCGAGCCACCACAGUCAGUCUGCAGGUCUACAGGGAUGCCAGCGUGACAUCUGCUAUCUCUGUGAAGUACUCUAUGCAGGAGCUGCCCAAGGCCGAGCCGGUGGGCCCCUCGUUGAUCUGGCCUGCCGUUGCCGGGAUGGAUUUCACCAUGGCCGAGGGCACCCUCACCUUUGACGUCGGGCAGCAGAGUGCCGGUCUGGACGUCGCCCUCACCCCCAAAACCGGAUCCUCCAACCCCACACCCAAACGGUUCCGCGUAAUUCUCUCAGACGCCACCGGGGGCGCCAGAGUUCACCCCGAGUACGGCAUAUCUAACGUGACUCUGGUUUCGGACGCUGAGACGCAGGCGGUGUGGGCCCUGCUGGAUCAGCUCCAGCAGCCUCUGGAUGAAGCAGUCAUUAACAGGGUGCUGCAGGGGCUCAUUAAUAAAGUCAGUGUGGAAAACACACAGGAACAGCAGACUGCAGUGCUGGAUGCAGUGAGCAAGAUCUUGAUCGUGGCGGAGCAGACACCCCUGGAGCAGAGCAGUCACGGUUUGACCUAUGACCUGCUCUGUGCCCUGGCUAAGCCUUCCCGAGCAGACACGAGAGGACUGAGCCACCUGUCCGAGGUGGCCGAGCGCUUCGCCUUCUCUCUGGUCACUGACCUGCCUUGUGGGGGCGAGGGUCAAAGAGGAAAGACAAUUCUGGACUCCUGUCCCUACAUGACUAUCUCUGCUUACAACUGGUACCCAACACAGAUCAACAGCCACACCUUCACAGGCAAAAACGGAGAUACCUUCACCCUGCCUGAGACCCUGCUAGAGGUACCUGCACUUCCUGGGGGUGAAAUGGCGCCCUCUGCCUGCCAGAAAGUGCACUUCAUUGAGUACAGCACUGAACACUGGUUCCUUACCAACAAAGCCAGUGCUCUCAACGACAAGGUGUUUUCUGUCAGCAUACAGGGCAGGGGAUCGAGACCUCUAGCAGAUGGUAAGGAGGUGGUCUACCGCAUUCACACUCCAGACCGGAGGGUCAAACCUCGACAAUCUCUGUGCCUUCUGUGGAACCAGGCUGCUGAGAGCUGGUUGUCUGAUGGUCAGUUCUGUCGCGUGGUGGACGACACUGAGAACUUUGUGGAGUGCGCCUGCACACACCUGUCCAUCUACACAGCGUACGCAGAGAUAGGAGCACUGUCCACAUAUAAUGAGGCGUUCUAUGCUGCUGGAUUCAUCUGCAUCUCAGGGUUUGCCUUGGCCAUCAUAUCCCAUGUGCUGUGCUCUAGAUUCCCCAUGUUUGCUGCCAAACUGCUCACACAUAUGAUGGUGGCCUGUCUGGGGAUGCAGAUUUGCUUCCUGGUGUCUGCAUUCAGAGGCAAGAUGUUCAAUAAGGACGGCUGUGCUGCUCUGGGCCUUUUCUUCCACUACUUCCACCUCAGCCAGUUCAGCUGGAUGCUCAUACAGGCUAUAAACUUCUGGCAGACGCUGGUGAUGAAUGACGAGCACACAGAGAGACGCUAUCUGCUGUACUUCCUGCUGAGCUGGGGGCUUCCUGCCCUGGUCAUCAUUGUCCUCGUCAUCGUGCUGCUGGGAGGUUAUGGAUGGAACAUUCAUGAAGUCUAUGGACUAGUACAGGGAGAUCUGUGCUUCAUCCCAAACAUAUACGCAGCACUCUGUACAGCUGCCUUCGUUCCUCUCAUCUGUUUGGUGGGGGUGUUGGUGGUCUUCAUCCAUGCCUACCACGUCACACAGCAGUGGAAGGCCUAUGAUGACGUGUACAGAGGUCGCACCAACAGCUCAGAGGUUCCGAUGGUGCUGUAUCUGUUUGCCCUGGUGACACUGGUGUGUCUGUGGGCCGGCCUCCACAUGGCGUACAGAUAUCUCUGGAUGCUCAUUCUUCUCGUCAUCUUCAACGUAUUUCUGGGUCUGUAUGUGUUUGCGGUUUACUUCAUCAUGCAUAACCAGCUGUGCUGGCCGGCCAAGGCGAGUUACACAGUGGAGAUGAAUGGCCACGGUGGUCCUGACGGCGUCUUCCAGAGCACUGGUGCUGCCACUGUAGGAGGAGGAGAGAUAAGCAAGUCCACUCAGAACCUCAUCAGCGCUAUGGAGGAGAUCUCUGCGGACUGGGAGAGAGCAUCUCUGAGGCCGAGCAGUCAGCCCAGCAGCGUCUUCAAACAGGGAGCUGAAGACAUCACUUAUCCUUCUGAAGGCGGCUUCAUUAACACAAACCUAGUCCAAGACGAGGAGUCGCAGGAGUUUGAUGACCUUAUAUUUGCCUUAAAGACCGGUUCCGGCCUAAACUUGAGUGACAACGAGUCGAUCCCCGGCAGUCACGACGGUGGGAGUGUGUCCAACUCUCAGAUCGUAGAGCUGCGGCGGAUUCCCAUCGCGGACACACACCUGUAACCUCCUCGCUGCUUUUGUACUGACCGUAAACUGAACGUGUUCUGAACGUGUUCUGAAGACGUAAACCAACCAACAGUAUUUUGUACCUGUACCUCCUUUGCACUAAAAUUGGAGCAGUUUCUUCUCUUGUAGUUUUUUGGUGAGCUGUUAAAUUUUUUAUACCGGGAAUUUGUUGAUAUUUCUGACCUUUUUAUAAAUAUAUAUUUGUGAAUAUACAGUAUAAUUGUUACUACUUUCAUUUUGUGAUGUUUUUAAUGGGAUGUCUGAGAUGUAAAUAUCUUGUACUGUGUAGAUGGAGAAGCGCACACACACACACAUUCACACACGCACAUAUACACUCACACACUCACAGGCUGGCCCCGGAGUCCAGCCGCUGGAUUUGUGUAACACAGAUAAUAAAUAAUUCAACAGCUGUUUUA